AUGGGUACUACUACGGAGGCAAUAGCAACAUCAGCUACUUCACUUACAGCAGCAGUCGGUAAUGAUGCAGAGAAAUUGCAGUGGAUUGUGUUAAACCAAGUUGAAGGAGUACAAAUGCGUGAAAUGUUCUGGGAUUUAAGUAAGGACGUUGACGUUGAUGUCCUGGCAUGCAGUGAGGCUGUCAAGAUGUUGCGCACAAUGACUGAGGAGGAGAAGACACAGUGUUGUAAAGCAUCCCUUUCUCUGCUUUCAAAUAAAGACGAUCCUCGAUACAUCCAUUAUGAAAGGAUUUUAUCUUCGAUAUUUAUGAUUGCCUGCAAUGAAGGCGUCCUUCCUCUUUCUGAUUGUUGUGAACUUCUCAUUCUUUGCACCAAUUUCUCCCUUACGACGCCAAUGGAUUCUCGCAAAUUUGAGUAUAUGCAGAAAAACUUACACCUAAUCGAUUACAAAGGACUUCGGAAUAUACUGAAGUUACUUGUGGUUGAACGCAUGCAGGAAGUGCCAUCCACGAUCACACACCAUCACCGCCAUAUGCUCUUACCUGUAGAAAACAUGUUACUAACUUUGAUCGAUCGGCAGCUAAACCUUCUUCCAUGCAUUUUCACGAUUACUGAGUUACAUCGUGUUUCCAAUAAUUCACGUGCCUUUCUUCUUCCAAGGGUGGCAAAAAAAUUUAAUGAUAUGUUUAUUUCCUUCCGUCCACUUACCGAAAUGGUAACAAUAAUCGGUCGAUCAUGGCUUUAUCCUAUAGCUGCUCACAUUUCUUUCCCAGUGAGUACGCCGUCUUGGAAACUUGAGGUCACAACUACUCGGUUGCAUCAGCGAGCUCAUCUUCCAUACAAAUCCGAACUUUUCGCUCCGCAGUCUUUUUUACUUUAUACACUUCUUCGACAGCCUCGCGGAAAAGAUACAAUUUCCUAUGUGAUGCGACAAAACACGAGCUUAACCCCACAGCGGCUACAGUGUGAUGAGUUGCUGCACAUGAUCAUUCUCGAGGCUAUGAGUGAAAUGGAAAAGACCGACACGCGCCUUGACGACCCUGCAAACCAGUAUCAGUGGAUGAACAUUACACAAACAGUUACAUUCUCUUUACUUCAUGGAAACGCUUCUUUUGCUCGCCUUCUCAAAAUACUAUACGAAUCACUUUCCGAAACAGUAUAUCGAAAAGGAAGAGAUGAACUUAUGUGGGUUAUCUUACAAUACGUUGCAGUUUAUAUCGAUAGAGUAUCAAAUGAGGAAAUGGUUCGCGUUGCCGAAAUUUACAAUUUACUUUACAGCGAUGAGCAGACAUGGUCUGGUGCAGAUACAGAUCCAUUGCUGUUUGUCCGGUUCCUAGUUCCGGCUGCGAUCUGGAUACAUUUUUAUAAGAAACUAGGCAACUCUCAUACGGAGAUACUUCCUAAACCCUCCGAAUCUCUAUGGCGACAAAUACAGUUUUUACAAGAAAGGACUGCAGAUUCAGACCCGAAUAUCCAGAAUGUCGCUGAUCAUAAUGCAGUUCUAGCUGCUGUUGCCAAUGCUUACAGUAGCGACAUGCCAAAUUUCCAAAAACUAGUCCUAACAGCAGUGGAUGUCUUUCUGGAUGGAUCUCCAGAAGAAAUGAAUACAGUUUGGCAUCUUCCGUAUGGGAUCAUCUCGUAUUCGAAGAAGACACCUUUACCACUCUCGUUGAUCGAUUCGUUAACGUUCCAUGCACGGAAUCAUUUAUUUCAACUUUGUUUAUUGAAACUUACAGCUAUGCUUUCAAUUCAGCAAGCACAAAAAGUGCCUAGUCCUGCAACAAUCGAUACACUUGUACGUUUGGCAGUAACUACGGAGUUUGAAUACGGCGUGAAGCAAGUACUGGCGUUACUGUCAUCCACACUAGCUUCAGUAAACAAAAGCACCAAUUUGGGACCGGCACAACAAGAUCGCUCCCGUGAUUUACUUUUUGUUCUUUGUGAUAUCCUCUCAUAUCGAUUCAUCAGUUAUCCUUUUCCAGUAGGAUCAAAGAUUAAUUUGAUGCUCUGGUGUUACACAGCACUUGGAAAUAGUCAAGUGCAAAUGAAUAUUGUAUUGUGUUCGGCCCUGGAACAGGUUAUGAUGCGGUAUUGGAUGUGGAAUUCUCCGCAAGAAAUGUUCUAUCUGAGCAAUGCUUUCCUUGGCAAACAAGGCAAGCUGGCUGUCAUAUUUAACACUGCUAAUCCAGCAUUUUGUGAUCCACAGCAUGGGAAUGUUUCAGUUGAACAGCAAUAUACUAAUUCACAUAUAUCUCUCGAAUUAUUACGAUGCUUGCUUCUUUCCAUGUUCAGAUCGCUCAAAAUGACAGGAAUGGAAAUGACCGCAGAAAUGAUGCAACGCUGCAAUGUCAAUUUCUGCUGGCCAUUAUCGAUUAAUCGGACAUACAGCUCUCAACUCAUUGGUUGCAAUGUGGAUGACGGUGCUGCAGAUACAGUUAUAUAUGAUGAGCUGAUGCAUCGUGUUAUUCAAGAAGUACAUCAAGUACAAGAAAUUAUUUAUGCGCAAGGCUUAGCUGCCGAGGAGCAGCUUCUGAAGUUUUUUUCGGGUGAGCGGAGACAAACAAUUUUCUGUGUUGUAUACAACAUGUUAUUUGAAACAAAGAAGAUACAUCCAGUAAUUUAUUCUGUGCUAAGUUCAAUGAACAAUAAAGAACUCACAGCAACGAUAAAUAAAUUCACAGAUUAUUUCAUAUUUAUUUUCAAAAAGAACCUUCCUUCAGAUGAUCAGCAGUUUACAGCCAUGAUUGGAAUCUUAAAUGACAUGGCAUUUAAUUUACACCUAAUUCCGCUCGAUCGGCUGCUUAUUUCUCUUGUUCUUCACCCGACCGAUGAUGGAGCCACCGAAAUUGCUAUGCUCAUAAUCCAUUCUUUGGUCGGCUCGUAUCCCGAUCUUCAUAAUCGAAUUACGGCGUUGGUGCACAUAAUACCAUCAAACAAAAUUGGCAACAGUGGUGCUGCAUUUUUUAAUAAAAUGUCAGAAUAUUAUUCGCAAUUUCCGGAAUUGUCAUACAGAGAAAUGGAAGCAAAAAUGAGGAGGGAAAUGCAAAUUGAACUGGGUAUGCGACCAAUCGAGCAGUCAACUGUCAACCCCGAACUACAUAUGCCAAUUUACUACGGUAAUAUUAUGGAACGCAUACUCCCGAUUGUGGACAUUAUUUUACUCCGAGCGAUAGAAACUGUAGUUGCUGAUCAAUUAUUUACGACACUGCUGAUGUGCUUCAAACCGUGUUACCGAUAUCAUCCACAGCCAGCAGCUUACAUGUACAGUGUUUUGUAUUGCUUGGAUAAGACUAUCUCACAUACAGUUCGUGCUAGAGAUUUCGUGUUGGAAAUUUGCGGACAGUUGGAAGAUAGAGAUGGUAAAUAUGCCCUUCUAACACCGUCAUUUAUUUCUGACAAUCAUCAACUGUCAUUGCCGUCUCAGUUUUGUCAAGCAUUGGUGGAUCGCAUCUUGCAAGCUUCCAACUAUGCCCAUCAGCCACCAGCUUUCGUUUACAAGGAUUGGAGAUUCGCGGAGAUGCCACCUGCAGGACAAGCCCUCACCGGAGCGUGCAUCGAGCUGCUUGCAUCUCCACAUGCACCAGUUAUUACGGCCCAUGCACUCAUCGAUUUGGUCUUUAUUCGGCCGUUGCAUCAACCAUAUGCCACCAUUAAUGCAGUUGCUCUAAUUUUAACGGCUCUACCAGUUUCUUUCCAGCAAGUUUUUUAUGAUCAUAUUGUAUCCGUGCUCGAUUCGGAAGCACUGCAUGGUGAUCCAUCAGUUUGCUUUGGCAGUUUAGAAAGUGAAUGCUUGUUGCUAACCGAGAACCAAUUAUUGACGAAUCUUGCGCUCGGGCAUGCCUAUCUUCAACACUGCAAUACAAGUUCACUAGCAGCUUUACCUGAAUUUGUACGUGAUCAGCUUGCACCAAAAUUAGUCACGGAAGCGCAACUGAUAUUUGUGCUUCGUCUCGUUGUGCCCAUUUUACAGCGAUUUUAUGAUGCCAAAGAGAGAAGCAAGCAAAUACAGGAUCUUGCUGUAGAUGUUUACAAGAUGACGGUAAAAGUAAACGAACGAGUAGGCCUACUAAAAUAUGAAGAUUCAAUCUGCGAUUUUUUAUACCAUAUGAAAUAUAUGUACGUUGGUGAUUUCGUCAAGAAUGAAGCAGAACAAGCAAUACAGCGAUUGUCACCAUCUAUGCGAAAUAAAUUAAAAUAUAUUUCACACACGCAAAUGAAUACCGCCAUUGAUCUGCCCCAUAAACUUGCUCCUGGACCUUCCAAUUUAGAUGUUGUGAGACGGGACGUAUGGAUGGAGCAUGGUGCUGCAAGUCAUACUGUUCAGUUCUCUCAAACAAUGAAACUAAUACGAGGAAGUUCUUGGUACUGGGGAAAUAUGUCAUGGAAAGAUGCAGAGAAGGUACUGAUGAGUCAGUUACCAGGAACCUAUCUCGUUCGAGAUUCUGCUAGUGAUCGCUAUAUUUUCACAAUAUCAUAUCGUACAAAACAUUCUGUUCAUCAUACGCGUCUUGCACAACAUGGUGGAAAUUUUUGUCUUGGUGGACCAAAUUCACUGGUGAAAGCGAAUUCAUUAGUUUCGUUCAUCGAAAAUUCGUUGCAGAGCUGUUGCAAAAGGAGAAUUUGCAUGUUGAUGCAUCCAAAAAGUGAUAGCACAGGAAUCGAGACCCUUGAACUAAAUCACUUACUACGUCGACAUGAACUUCUGCCAUCUUUGAAAUAUUUGUGUAGAGUGGUCAUACGUAACUGUGUUGAGAAAGAACUGCUUGCAUCUUUACCUUUGCCAUCAAAUAUGAUUUGCUAUUUAGAAGAUCCAAAAUAUUUUGUCCCUCCUUGUCUGUAUCAAAUUUGUAUAUAUAAUGGCAUAAUGUUCAUUUUAAUUUUUGUUCUUGCGAAUAAUCAAGCUUUGAUUAUGAAGUGA